GAAUGUCUUGCGGAUCGCCGGUUGCUAGUUGGGGGAGGAAGUGAGACGGCUUUUGAUUGGGCGCUUGCACCGAAGUGUGUUAGCUGGAGGUAUGCUGCUGUUCUGCCCGGGCUGCGGAAACGGACUAAUUGUGGAGGAGGGGCAGCGUUGCCAUCGCUUCGCCUGCAACACUUGCCCCUACGUCCAUAAUAUCACCCGUAAGGUAACAAACCGAAAGUAUCCAAAGCUAAAAGAAGUGGAUGAUGUGCUUGGUGGAGCAGCUGCCUGGGAGAAUGUGGACUCUACUGCAGAACCAUGUCCAAAAUGUGAACAUCCCCGUGCCUACUUCAUGCAGCUUCAGACCCGUUCUGCAGAUGAGCCAAUGACCACCUUCUAUAAGUGCUGCAAUGCUCAGUGUGGACAUCGCUGGAGAGAUUAAGGGCAGGACUUGCCCAGCUGCAAGCAUGAAUUUUGUGUACUGAAGGUCUUUGCUAUAUGAUAGGAAGCUGACUCUUCUGUGGUGGAGGACCAGGGUAAAACAACUCAUCUGCAAGUUAGCAGAUAAAGUCCUUAAUGCAUAGGGGCCUCAGGUCCUUGGGAGAUCCACAUAAGGAUGCUCACUUGGGUUCAGGUCCUGUUCUUUACCAUUCAAACUAGGAACUUGGUUUGUAGUCAGUAAAAAAUUUUUUUGGUGUUUCGAGAUGGGUUUUCUCUAUGUAGACCAGGUUGACCUUGAACUCAGUUAUCUGCCUUCCUCUGCCUCAGGAGUGCUGGGGUUGAAGGUGUGUGCCACCACUGCCAGUGAUAAUCUUGAACCUUGUAAUCUUUUUUGCCUCUGUCUCAAAAGUGUUAGGAUUAUGGGCAUGUGAGCCUUAUGCAUGCUAGACAAGUACUCUACCAACUGAGCUAUAUCUCUAGCCCUUUUUUCUUUCUAGAGAAAUUAUGAAAAAUACUUAUAAAAAUACUGAAAAUCGUUUUAAAAUUCUGGAAUUACAUGAUUCAUCUUGUAUGAUUUAAUAACUAAACAAAACUGCCAGGCAGUGGUGGCACACGCCUUUAAUCCCAGCACUUAGGAGGCAGUCAGGCAGAUUUCUGAGUUCGAGGCCAGCCUGGUCUACAGAGUGAGUUCUAGGACUACACAGAGAAACCCUGUUUCGAAAAACAAACAAACAAAAAAAAAACUAAACAAAACUAUUCUGUGAGUUGGACUGUUGGACUUUCUGGAUGAUUUUGAUAGGAAUUUAAA